AUGGACGAGUGGGCGCGCAUGGACCCCGCCUACCCAGAGGAGCACGCCCGGUGGGGGAAGACGCUCAGGGACGCGCUCCGCGACGUGGAGUGCGACCAGUUCGCGCUCGUCUACCUGCUCCUCAACGGCUGGGAGAGGCUGGGGAAGAAGACCUUCGUCGAGACGGACUACUUCUUCCAGGGCUACUGGAAGGAGGUCGUGGACCGCCUCGACGGCGUCGUCGCGCGGUACGAGGCCGUCGAGCGGCGCUCGCGCACGCCGGGGCUCUGGCGACGGCACGCGGAGCGGGAGCACCUACGGUACGCGGCGGUGCGGAACGCGGCAAUAGAUUUGAAUAAGGGGACUGCUAUUUAG